UUAUGCACUCUGCAUAUAAAGGUCACAUUGCACCUGCUCAUCUUCUCCCUAUGUAGCAUUUUCAUUUCAUUAACAUUCCAUUUAUUAUCUUCAACCUUCCUUCUCUCUCUUUCGCUGCAACAUGGACAGUCCGACGAGCAUACGAAGUAAACCACCGCCGGAGAUUCUCUCCCCGUGUGGUAGCCAACGACGUAGGAGCAGCUGCGCCUCCAACUCACCGGAAUUCGAGUUCUGGCGUCUGUCAAACUCUUCAUUUCAUCAAACCGAAACAGAUCUCCUCUCCGCCGACGAGCUUUUUCACGACGGCGUUCUUCUCCCUCUUCACCUCCUCUCCAUCAAACCCGAACCUCAACCCGACUCGAGUGCCUCGGAGUGUGCCCCGGAUCCAUCUCUUUCGACUGAUACCUUGAUUACAGAGCAAAAACCCGAACCUAAACUCGGUUUAGGAUCCGAGUUGACCCGGGACACAACGGGUUCGAAGCGGUGGAGAGAUAUAUUCAAGAAGAGCGAAAAUAAACCGGUCGGGAAGAAAGAUAAGCGGAAAGAGAAUAGAAAGAAGGAUAAGAAGACCGGGUCGGGUUCGGGUUCAGGAGCGGAGCUGAAUAUAAACAUUUGGCCGUUUUCAAGAAGCAGAUCCGCUGGUAACAACGGGAUCCGACCCAGAAUAUCUUUUGGAGCUCCGACGACCCGGAAAGUCAGCAGCGCGCCGUGUUCCCGGAGCAACUCCACCGGCGAAUCUAAGUCUAGGAAAUGUCCUAGCAGUCCUGGUCGGAACGGCGUGCAUCUUGGUCGGAACAGUCCAGUCUUGCAAGUCCGACGUGGAAGUGGAGCUCCGACCGCGAAAACGAUAUCCGAGCGGGUGCGUAAAAGGGUAAUUCCUGAGGCGCGUAGGGGUAAAACUGGAAUAGAUGGCAAUAAAUCAAAAGUCAUAAACUUGAACGUGCCUAUGUGCAUCGGUUAUCGGAGCCGGUUAAGCUGCAGUAGCAACGUGGCUGGAGAUAGUAACAUUGGGAGUGACAAUUAUAUCGCCAAUGUUAAUAAUCCCAAUGGUUUAUUUGGCUUUCGUAAUCUUUUCAUUAAGAAAGUUCAUUAAGUAAGCUUUUCAGGGUGAUGAUUUGUCAAACCCUCUUAAUAGUCUCAAGGGUCCACUUUUAAUUUUUAAUUUGCUACUUUUGCUGUUAGUACGACGCCGAUGUGUGGAUUUGAGCAAAUUUUCGUGUUUGCUUAUAUUUCAUGUAAAAUAAGGAACAUUUUUUUUUUA